AACAAACUUCAUUCAAGAUUCGGUAAUAGAACGCAACUCUUAUUCGCGAAUUGGGCUUGGCGAGAUCAAAAUUUUUAUUGAAAAUAACAAAAACAUUGUGCUAAUUACACAAAACUAAUUGUAAAAAUGUCUACACCCCCGAGAGAAACUAUUCAGAAGCAAAUUCAACAGGACUGGGCGAACAGGGAGUACAUCGAAGUAAUCACGGGGAGCAUAAAGAAGAUCACAGACUUCUUGAACUCAUUCGACAUGUCCUGCAGAUCUCGCCUUGCUACUUUGAAUGAAAAGCUAACAUCAUUGGAACGGAAGAUUGAUUAUCUGGAGGCUUGUAAAUGCCAACCUGGAAUUCAAUCCCAGGAGCUGAAACUUGUGGAUGGAUCAAAACCAGUAGAAUUAUAAACUUAGUCUUAAUUUUAAGCAUAUAAUUAAAUUAGUGGAAAUUUGUAAAUUAUUAUUACGUACAAUAUUCCUUUUAUUUUUUAAUAAAGUAUGAAUAAGACUAGCUAUUGUGCAAAGAGGGUUAUAGACAAUUAUUUCUACUACUAGAGAUAGUAUAUAGAAAAGGAAUGCACAGAAUGCAAAAUUAAAACAAUGACUGUUGGUGAGGUAGCAACAUGUCACGGGUUUGAUUCCUGCACGGAAGUUGUUUCGUGCAUCUUUGUGCAAUUGACAGAUUGUUGUUCCAGGUCUGGUUGUCAUGUGUAAGUGACCUCUAUAUUUGUGUAUGAACACAGGAGAUAAUCCUAGAGUGAGGCAACAUUUUACAAAAAAAGAAAGAAACUCGUUUGUGUCUGAAUCUCAAAAAAAAUAGAUUAUUUUAACAAAGAUGCUUUGUAGCUAUGACAAAAAAUGACUAAUUCAUUUACAUUUUUCCUUGUCUAUCUAAGUAAGAUCUUCCUUUCUUACAUUAACACACACUUAAUUCAUUAUCAAGCCUGUCUCAUACAUACUUUAUCACAUAAAA